AUGGCGAGCUUGGAUUCCGUGAACCUUCUCGCAGAAGCUGCAUAUGGCUGUGAACAUCUUGCCAUCGUACUGAAAGAUGGUCAAACUGCUAGCCAGUUGAAGAAUGGCUUCCGAAAGCACCAUGAGUCUCUGGCCCCUAUGACCAAGCCUGAGGCGGUCGCCGUUCAGGCGAGUGGUCUGCGCACUGUGGCGUCGUUGAAGCCCAAGUAUCAUUGUCUAAAUUGUUCCGAGAUUUGCCUCAAGAACGAGCGCAAGGCACACACCAAAAAGACUGGACACGUAUUUUACAUGGAGUCACGUAAUCGCUUUGUGUUUUGCGAGUCUUGCUGCGACUUUGUCUACGACCAUGGUCUGGAAAGACUGGGUGGCCCAGCCACCAAGUACUCCAUCGAAGAUGGAAAGGGUAAGUGGGCCGAAGACUCGGCCUCCGAGGCCUACGUCAGGACCAAUGCCCUCAAGAACCCGUGUUACAGACGUGGUGCCCGUGGUGUUUGGAACAUGGGUCAGACUUGCUACCAAGCAGUAAUUCUCCAAGCUCUACUGCACGACCCCACUCUGAACGCCUAUUUCCUGGCUGGGGGCCAUGACACUCACAACUGCCUCAGGACUGGCUGCAUGGCAUGUGCCGCUACUGAAGUGUUCAUGGAUUUCAACAGCGGUGAAAAAACCGAUGCAGUGUCGGCUGCUACUCUCCUCUACAAUGGAUGGGAGGGUUCAAGGGAAAUGGCCGGAUACCGCCAGCAGGAUGCGCACGAAUAUUUCCAAUUUCUGGUCAAUUCACUCCACUCAGCUACUCCUGGACAUACUGAGAGCUACGAAAGCAAGUGCGAAUGUUUCUUCCAUCAAACUUUCUACGGAGAGCUGCGCAGCAGCGUCAUGUGUCACAAAUGCGGCAAAACCACCAACACCCACGACCCAAUGGCGGAUCUCAGUCUCGAUGUCCAAGCACAGAAUAAGAGGCGCAAGCUGGGCCGAUCGAAUUCAUCAUCCACCGCAACACUGACCGGCUGCCUGGACAGCUUCACAGCAGUUGAAGACUUGCAUUCAGAUGCUGCCUACCACUGUGAGAAGUGCGGCAACACUCCUCAGCGGGCAUCGAAGCGAUUGCAGAUUCGCAAACUUCCCGCUAUUCUUUGCAUGCAGCUCAAGCGCUACGAAGCCACAUCGUCAUCAUCGGGGAAGAUGAAUUGCCAUAUUGACUUCCCUCUUACUCUAAACAUGCUCCCUUAUGUCGUAAAGAAGGAGAAAGACCGCAUCGACACUUCUAAGUACAUUUACGAUUUAUCUACCGUCAUCGUUCACCAGGGAACCAUGGACUCGGGCCACUACUUCGCCUACACUCGUCUCGGUGGUGACAAAUGGGUUCUGAUGGAUGACAACAAGGUCACCGUCGCCAGCGUCGCUGAUGUCCUUCGACAGGAUGCCUACCUUUUGUUUUACAGCAUCCGUACAAUCGCCCCGGAAAACGCCUCGUAG